AUGGCCAAGGGAAUUUUCUUCAUGUCAUGGGAGCUGUGGCAGCAGAUGACCUUUGCACUUGCCGUAGCAAUAGUGGCCGUAUUCUGUGCCGGACUAGUCAAGCUAUGGUGGACGAACCGCAUCGUACGAAAACAGGAGAUCUUGGACGAAGAAAAGAAGGCGAGGAUCGAUGACAUGCGCAGCACGGGGCUCCGGCCUACCUCCUCCAAGCGCUUAACCAGCUCCAUCCCCUUCGGAGUCCGGGCAAUCCAGAGCGGCGUCCAAGUUGACGGCAUAUGGAUCUCGAGACCGGCCACUCCUACCGAAACAACAAAGCUUACCUCAGCGGUGACGCUGGUAAAAUUGGAUACGGAGCAACAGAGGAGGGAAAAGACGAAGGCGGUAGGUGUCACGACAACGACACAAAGGGCUGCCACACCCGACGGUACAUCACUCCUGCAGAGACUCACGGAUUCCGAGUCAUUGGAGAGUAACUCGUCAGGGGCAAUCCUCCAACCCAUCUCGCGAGAACAGAGGCACUAUUAUCCCCAUCGCCACGCUCCGCGAGCUCCCCAUGCUUUGAGCGAGGACACCCUCAGAAGACUCGAGGGUCAAGAUAGAGGAGCACAGGCGCAAAGACUAGCAGCCUAUGACACAUACGUGGCAACCUCCUCCUCCCAACGACGGCGAGAGAUCCGUGGCGGUGGUGAUAGCCAUCAGCAAAGCACCGGUUCUGAAUCAGGCGCCUCAUCCUCUGGUUCCGCUCAACAGGGAUUUACGAGAAGCGGGAGUGGAAGAUCUUAUAGCUCAUCUAGCGGUGGCGGCGGCGGAGGAGGAAGAAGACUGUAUGAGCCAAGAGGAGUCGAAAGGAGAGAUACGGCCGCCGUCCGUAAUCCCUUUGGCACUUCCCCUUCGCAUAUGACGUAUCAGCAGCAGCAACAGCCACAACAACACCAGCAGAAUGAUGAGGCAGAGUCUAUUAUCCCAACCCCCAAGCCGACGUUCGGGCCUGGAGAUUUGCAUUUCACCAACAACAGGUCUGCUGCUCGGAGGGUCAAUGAUGGGUUUGAGGUCUUGCCUGUUGGAAGGCUUGGUACACCGGGCACCGAGCGCAGAGCGAAUCAGUAUCAUUUCAACGAUCUGGAAGCGGAGGAGGGCGUUGAGGAAAUUGGCUAUGCACGGGGAAGUAGUGUGCCUGGUUAUGGGCGGAGGUAG